AUGACACAUAGAGGUGCGGUUGGUUCUGAUGCAAGAGACGGUGACGGUGCAGGUGUUAUGACGUCAAUUCCACACAAAUUCAUGAAAAGGGAAUUCCAGUAUUAUUGUAACGUUGAAUUACCUUCAUAUGGCCAAUAUGCUGUUGGUAACUUGUUCUUCAAAAAGGACAAUGAAGUUUAUGAAAAAUCAAAAACCACUUUUGAAAAUAUUGCUUCCUCAUUAGGUUUGCGGGUCUUGGGAUGGCGUAAGGUACCUGUCGAUGACACGAUCUUGGGACCUGCGGCAUUGUCUAGAGAACCAAAAAUCUACCAACCAGCUGUUGUUCUUGAAGAAGCUUAUGGCUCUGGAGUUUCCCCGGUGGAGAUCUCAGAUGAAGAUUUUGAAUCCAAGUAUCAAAAACAUUUCGAGAAACAAUUGUAUAUUUUGAGAAAACAAUCGACACAUACGAUUGGCUUGCACAAUUGGUUUUACAUUUGUUCGUUAUCCAACAAAAACAUUGUUUAUAAAGGUCAGUUAGUUCCUGCUCAAGUUUACCAAUACUAUUACGAUUUAGUGAAUGCAGAUUACGAAUGUCAUUUUGCCCUAGUACAUUCUAGAUUCUCUACCAAUACUUUCCCAUCCUGGGAUAGGGCACAGCCUUUAAGAUGGGCAGCACAUAAUGGUGAAAUCAAUACUCUUAGAGGUAAUAAAAACUGGAUGAGGGCAAGAGAAGGUGUUAUGGCCUCCAAAUUAUUCGGUGAGGAUAUUGAUAAAUUGUAUCCUAUUAUCGAAGAAGGUGGUUCGGAUUCGGCUGCUUUAGACAAUGUCUUGGAACUUUUAGUCAUUAAUGGUGUAUUGACAUUACCUGAGGCUGUUAUGCUUCUAGUUCCUGAAGCAUGGCAAAAUAAUGAACAUAUGAAUCCUAAGAAGAGGGCGUUCUACGAAUGGGUGGCUUGUCUUAUGGAACCUUGGGAUGGGCCUGCCUUGUUUACCUUUUCUGACGGUAGAUUCUGUGGUGCCAAUUUGGAUAGAAAUGGUUUAAGACCUUGUAGAUACUACUUGACAGAUGACGACAUCAUGAUAUGUGCGUCUGAAGUUGGUGUUAUUCCUAUUGAAUCCAAAAAAAUUGUAGAAAAGGGUAGGCUACACCCUGGAAGAAUGUUAUUAGUUGAUACAAAGGAGGGAAGAAUUGUUGACGAUAGGGAGUUGAAGAAGCAAGUUUCAAAUAGGUUUGAUUUUAAGGCUUGGACUUUGUCCAAUAUGAUUACUAUUCCUGAACUUAUCACCAAAUUAGAAAACCGUGGCAUUAGCUUACAGACAAAGGUUGAUUCCGAUACAAAAAUCAAGGAUGAUCCAAAGUUAUUGGCUAACGGUUAUACUCUGGAGCAAGUCUUAUCCAUUCUAGUGCCAAUGGUGAAUACAUCAAAGGAACCAUUGGGCUCUAUGGGUAACGAUUCGGCCUUGGCAUGUUUGUCUGAACAACCGAAGUUAAUUUAUGAUUAUUUUAGGCAGUUGUUUGCUCAAGUUACUAACCCACCAAUUGAUCCAAUUAGAGAAAAAAUAGUCAUGUCAUUGGAAUGUUAUGUUGGUCCUCAAGGCAAUUUGUUGGAAAUGAAUCCAAAUCAAUGCAAUAGAUUGAAACUGAAAUCUCCAAUCUUAUCAAAUGAUGAGCUAUUGGCUCUGAAGGAGAUCAACAAGGUUCAUCCAUCUUGGUCUGUCACAAACAUUGACAUUACUUUUGAUAAAUCAGAAGGUUUAACGGGAUAUACUGAAGCAUUGGAUAGAAUUUGUGAAGAAGCAACUCAGGCAAUCUUGGAUGAUUCCCAAGUGAUUAUUUUGUCAGAUAGGAAUCUCUCGGAAUCUAGAGUUGCCGUAUCUGCUCUAAUUGCUGCAGGUGCUGUUCACCAUCACCUAGUCAGACAAAAACAAAGAUCUAAAGUUGCCAUUAUUGUUGAAACGGCAGAAGCAAGAGAGGUUCACCAUUUCUGUUGCUUAGUUGGAUAUGGUGUUGAUGGUAUUAACCCUUACUUAGCCAUGGAUACCUUAAUCAAGUUGAACAAUGAUAAUCUACUAUCAAAAUCAUACACAAAUAAGGAAAUCAUUCAUAAUUAUAAAUAUGCUAUUGAUGAUGGUCUCUUAAAAGUCAUGUCGAAGAUGGGUAUUUCAACUUUAGCUUCCUACAAGGGUGCUCAAAUUUUUGAGGCAUUAGGCGUAGAUAACUCUGUUAUUGAUAGAUGUUUUUCUGGUACUGCUUCAAGAAUAAGGGGAAUAACUUUUGAAUAUAUUGCACAAGACGCAUUUUCGUUGCAUGAAUUGGGCUAUCCGUCAAGGGAUACGAUAAAACCUAAGGGUUUACCUGAAUCUGGUGAAUAUCAUUGGAGGGAUGGUGGGGAAUCACAUGUCAAUGAACCUGCUGCUGUCGCUUCGAUUCAGGAUGCUGUUAGAAAUAAGAAUAGCAAGGCCUAUGAAGCAUAUUCCAAAAAGGAAUAUGAUGCAAUCAAGAAUUGUACUCUCAGAGGCCUGUUAGAUUUUGAUUUUGAAUCUUCUACACCAGUUCCUAUCGAUCAAGUUGAACCGUGGACUGAGAUUGUUAGACGCUUUUGUACUGGAGCAAUGUCUUAUGGUUCCAUCUCAAUGGAAGCACAUUCUACAUUAGCCGUUGCUAUGAAUAGAUUAGGAGGAAAAUCAAACACUGGUGAAGGUGGUGAGGAUGUUGAAAGAUCCAAAGCUUCUGAGAAUGGUGAUUCGAUGAGAUCUUCAAUCAAACAAAUUGCAUCAGGUAGAUUCGGUGUUACUUCUUAUUAUUUAUCUGAUGCUGAUGAAUUACAAAUUAAGAUGGCACAAGGUGCCAAACCAGGUGAAGGUGGUGAAUUACCAGGUUAUAAAGUCUCUGAGUCUAUUGCAAAAACUAGACAUUCUACCCCUGGUGUAGGUUUAAUUUCUCCUCCACCACAUCAUGAUAUUUACUCUAUUGAAGAUUUAAAACAACUUAUUUAUGACCUAAAAUGUGCUAAUCCAAGAGCUCGGGUUUCUGUUAAGUUGGUCUCAGAGGUUGGUGUUGGUAUUAUUGCAGCCGGUGUUGCUAAGGCCAAGGCAGAUCACAUUUUGGUCUCAGGUCACGAUGGUGGCACUGGUGCGGCUAGGUGGACCGGUAUUAAAAACGCCGGUUUACCAUGGGAAUUAGGAUUAGCAGAAACCCACCAAACAUUGGUCCUAAACGAUUUGAGAGGCAGGGUUGUUGUCCAAACUGACGGACAAUUGAAAACAGGUAGGGACAUUGCAGUUGCAUGUUUGUUGGGUGCUGAGGAAUGGGGGUUUGCUACUGCUCCGUUGAUUGCAAUGGGUUGCGUUUACAACAGAAAAUGUCACACUAAUACAUGUCCUGUCGGUAUUGCCACACAAGAUCCUUACCUUAGAAAGCAAUUCAAGGGUACGCCGGAACAUGUUAUCAAUUUCUUUUACUAUGUCGCAAACGAGCUCAGAGCUAUCAUGGCUAAGUUGGGUUUCAGAACCAUCGAUGAAAUGGUGGGUAGGGCUGAAAAGCUUUAUGUGAGAGAUGAUUUGAGAACUACCAAGAAUGCAAACAUUGAUUUAUCUCCAAUCUUGACUCCUGCACACUCUAUCAGGCCUGGAGUUGCAACUAAGUGUGAGAAGAAACAGGAUCACAGGCUCCAUGUUAGGUUAGACAACAAGUUGAUUGAUGAGUCGGAGGUUACUCUGGAUAGAGGAUUACCUGUUACGAUUGAAGCAAAUGCUAUUAACACCGAUAGAGCUAUUGGUACGACGCUGUCUUACAGAUGCUCGAAGAGAUUUGGGCCAAACUCACUGCCACAUGAUACCAUUCAUGUCAAUAUUAAAGGCUCGGCUGGUCAAUCGUUUGGUGCCUUCUUAGCAGCUGGUAUCACCCUAGAAUUGGAAGGUGAUUGUAACGAUUAUGUUGGUAAAGGUUUAUCUGGCGGUAGGUUGAUUGUUUAUCCUCCAAAAGAUUCGAAGUUCAAGGCAGAGGAAAAUAUCAUCAUUGGUAACACUUGUUUAUAUGGUGCUACAUCCGGUACUGCCUUCUUUAGAGGUAUUGCUGCUGAGAGGUUUGCUGUUAGAAACUCUGGAGCACAUGCUGUUGUAGAAGGUACCGGUGAUCACGGCUGUGAGUAUAUGACAGGUGGUAGAAUCGUCGUUUUGGGUUCUGUUGGUAGGAACUUUGCUGCGGGAAUGUCUGGCGGUAUUGCAUAUGUUUUAGAUAUGGCACAAGAUUUUGAGGAGAAAGUCAAUAAGGAACUUGUUGAGUUAACUACCUUAUCUGAUCCUUUGGAAAUUGCCUUUGUUAGAGGUUUGUUAGAAGAUCACAGGCAUUACACAGAUUCUGAAAUUGCUUUGAGAAUCUUGAACGAUUUUAACAGAUUCUUGAAGAAGUUUGUCAAAGUGAUUCCUUAUGACUAUAAGAAGGUUUUGGAAGCUGAAGCAAAGAAGGCUGAAGAAUUAAGAAAGAAGGAGGUUUCGAACUACUUCUCCACUAUCAGAGAAGACCCUGAAGCAGACAUAACUGGUGGGGAAUUCUCUAAACCAAAGAAGCCUGUAAAGACUGAACCUAAACUUGUGGACCUUGAAGACACGAUUGUUGAUGUUAAAACUGAAGAAAUCAAGGCUAAGAAAUUAGACAAACUAGGAGGCUUCAUGAAGUACUCUCGGAGACAUGAGAAAUACAGGCCAGUAAAAUCCAGAAUUGGUGAUUGGAAAGAAUUAUCAACAAGGUUGACCAAAGAUGACCUAAAGGUGCAAACUGCCAGAUGUAUUGACUGUGGUAUUCCAUUUUGCCAAUCCGAUACCGGUUGUCCGGUCUCAAACAUCAUUCCAAAAUGGAACGAGUUAGUUUUCAAAGAUAGGUGGUAUGACGCACUACAGAGGCUCCUGAUGACUAAUAAUUUCCCUGAAUUUACUGGUAGAAUCUGCCCAGCACCGUGUGAAGCGGCAUGUGUUGUUAAUGUUUCAGGUAAUGCACCGGUUGGUAUCAAGUCCAUUGAAGCUGGUAUUAUUGAUCACGCGUUUGCUGAAGGCUGGAUUGUUCCUAACCCACCAAAGGUAAGAACUGGCAAGAAGGUGGCUGUUAUUGGCUCUGGUCCAGCUGGUCUAGCAGCUGCUGACCAGUUGAACAAAGCGGGCCACAAUGUUACCGUUUAUGAAAGAGAGGAUAGGUUUGGCGGUUUACUUAUGUAUGGUAUUCCAAAUAUGAAGUUAGAUAAAGGUGUUGUUCAAAGAAGAAUUGACCUGAUGGCAGCCGAAGGCAUAUCAUUCAUUGCAAAAACAACUAUUGGUGAGGAUAUACUCCUGGACGAGUUAAAAGCCCAAAAUGAUGCUGUCAUUCUUGCAAUUGGAUCCACUAUCCCGAGGGACCUAAAGAUUCCGGGUAGAGAGCUAAAGAAUAUUGAUUAUGCAAUGACUUUACUUUCGGCAAACACCAAGGCUUUAUUGGCAGAUGACUUAGAUACUAUCAGAGCUACUCUAUCUGGUAAGAAUGUUAUUGUUAUUGGUGGUGGAGACACUGGUAAUGAUUGUUUAGGUACUGCCACUAGACAUGGUGCUAAGUCUGUGGUCAACUUUGAAUUGUUGCCGUAUCCACCAAUGGAAAGAACCAAGGAUAAUCCUUGGCCUCAAUGGCCAAGGAUUUUCAGGGUGGACUAUGGCCAUGCUGAAGUGAAGGAACAUUAUGGCAAAGACCCCAGAGAGUAUUCUAUCUUGUCUAAAGAGUUUGUUGGUGAUGAUGAUGGUAAUGUUAAAGGUAUUAAAACUGUUCGUGUUGAGUGGAAGAGAUCAGAUUCCGGUGCAUGGCAAAUGCAAGAGAUACCUGGCUCUGAUGAGUUCUUCCCAGCUGAUGUUGUGUUAUUGUCUAUGGGAUUUAUUGGUCCUGAAUCUGAUAAUUUGAAUGUCGAAAGGACAAAGCGGGGCACUGUUGCGACUGCAGAAGCUACUUCAUAUCAAACCUCAAAAGAAUCUAACCUUUUUACUGCUGGUGAUUGUAGAAGAGGUCAAUCUUUAGUUGUGUGGGGUAUCCAAGAAGGUCGACAAUGUGCUCGUGAAGUUGACAUGUACCUAAUGGGAAAGACCAGGUUGCCGGGCAAUGGCUCCAUUGAAAGAAGAGAUUAUCAUUUACUUGAAGAAUUAGCAGCAAAGGUUUAA